UAUUACUUGCCAUUUCCUCGUUGUCAUUGCGAGCAUUUAGAAUACUCCCUUUAAUCCAUAUUGUCGCCCCACAGACUUCACCUAUGCCCAUAUCACGUUUAGCCGCAUACCAACAUUCGAGGCAGUCCGACCCGUCUAACGAUUCUAUUCUUUUACCGUCAUCUAUUCAGCUUCGUCCUCACUUUUUGGCCUUUUCUCUAAGCGCGAGUUCCCGACUCGGACCUCGACAUCCGCCUUCUGAUGUGUCGAAUGAGAGAGUUUACCUAGCAAUGACUCUCCGGCUCUACGAAUCUAGUCCCUAGACUACUGUAUAAUCUACAAGCGCGAACCCCGUCACGCUGGCUGGAUUUCUCUGGUCUCGAAGGCCGGCUGCUCCGACGGACGCCACCGAUGUGACGAGUCCCUCUCCGAGACGUGCCUCCAGCGUUACCAUGACCGAGCCCUCGGCUCACCCCCAUCUGGCGCCGCAGUUCUGCUUCUCAACUGUAGCCCUUAGAGAUUUUCUACGGACGUCUCGCGGCGCCAUAGACGACUCGAUAGCUCAGAACCUCAAUGCGCUCGUGACACCUGCGCGGUCAGGCUUCGACCCCGCCUCGACCUCGGUUCGAACCCCGCGGGCGUCCAGCCAGCCCAUCGACCCACGCGCGUGCCGGACAUUCCAGGACAAGGUCCUAUUCCCUUCCUGGCAAGCCAGAUCCGACGUCCUGACCUAUUGCGCUUACGUGGCCACGAGCCCAGAUCCGGAUGACCCCGAAAUGGCUCUGCGAGCGGCCGAGACGGAGAAGAACCGCGAGCGGGUAGUCGACGAAAGGUUAGACCCGUACUCGGGGCGGUACUUCCCCCGGGAGCCUCGCACAGAGCAAUUGGCCGAUCUCCUGCGGCAAGAGAGGAGCGUGGAGAAGAUCGUUCGUUCCCGGACGUGGGGUUUGGUUCGAGAGCGCUGCGGCGAUGGCUUCCAGGAGGCCGAGGACGCGCUUAACCAUUGGAGAAGGGGGCGUGAGCGCCACGGCUCGGGAUAACGGUGACGAUGCUUAGAAAAACAAGAACAUCCCUAUUCUGGAGCAAUGUGUACCUAUACUAAUGCGAUGCGAACAUUUAAGCCACCCCAUGAGGAAUGGAACCGUUGGCUCGUGCCGAGAAUAUCCCCACCAGCUAGACCACGGAUACCUGCCGACAGAGAUGUGCAUAUAUCGGGUCGCUAGAUAUACGCAGCGUCUCCUAAGAUACCGGCGAGGUGCAUGUUGAUGUGGUUGUGUGCAAAUUCAGCGAUGAAGAAACGACAAUCAGUCAGUCCGUGGAUAGUGAGGCACACAUCACGCAAAAUUGCCAGUACGAAAAGGAUGCCGUACUCUGUAGGUAUCUCACCUAGACACGUAGAGUAUACCCAAUGUAAACACCGUAGAUCAGUUUGUCGUGGACAACAUCAGCGGACAACAUCAGCGAUGCAACUGCAUUGCACGGCAUCGUACUGGUUAGCAU